UACCAUAUCAGAGUCAUAAGUGUAUCAGUUACGGGCUUGUAAAUUUCAUUUCGUCUGACAAAAAUAAUUUUUCUUCUAUUUUUCUUGCGUUGGUUUUUCGAUUUUUCAUUAUUUCUUUUUUUGUUCCCGUUUGGUUUCAAAGUAAAAAUGUCGCAUAAUUCGGAAAACGAUUCGCCAGUUUUCAGCGAUGAUGGUGACAAUUCAUCUGUAUCAUCUGUAUCAACUAUGACGAUAAGCAGCGAGGACAGUGAUGUGGAUAUGGACACGAAGUCAGCCGGACCAUCUUCGUCAACUGAAAGCGCUGAGGAGGAGAGUUUCGGCGAUGACGAAGUGGAGGUGGACAUCGAUUUCGCCGAAUACGAGGAGACGGAUGAGGACGACGGGGUUCCCGGCGGUUCAAUCGUCGAGCCGUGUUUCAGGAAGUUAUCCAGGUUUUGGAAUCGUUUGCCCCUUGGCUUGAAUAUCAGUUUUGAUAGUUCUGAGCUCGGCGAUGCUACCUAUAUGCAAUUCCGUGAGCCACCAUUUGUUCGUGUUGUGGCGGAGCUUGUGCGUCCCACACGUAUGAUUAAGCCACAAUCAACACAGGGAUUGCAUCAUUUUAGCUUCAUUUUUGAACUAACUCCAAUUCAAGCGCUAGAAUUGGCCGCCAAUCGUGUUGGAGUUGUAUUUCGUUUCGGCGAAUUGAAACGUCAUCAACCGCAGGUGGAUAAACUUCCAGAUCCGAUUAAUAUUAGUAUUUGUGUGAACAAUGAAGCAUUGCCUAGCGGUGUGAUCCAGGGACCAAUAAAUAUAACCAGGCAAGUGUUGUUGUCUCGCAACAUGACAUCAGUGGUCCAUUUGAAUUGGCUGCCCGAUUUCAAGGUGCAGUCCUGCUUCAGUGUCGAGUUAAUCCGUCGCCUGACUGUCGCAGAUAUGCUGAAGCGCAUUCAAAUGCAAGUGCGCCCGAAGCAGGUUACCAAUAGCUUGAUCCAGACGGUGCUUGGCUUAACACGCAAGCCAUGGGAGAAUCAUUCCUUUCGCAGCAUCAAUUUGAUACUCGUUUGUCCCAUGACCUUGACGCGCAUGCAGUAUCCUUGCCGUCCAACCACUUGCGGGCAUUUGAAUUGUUUUGACGCUUUGGAAUUUCUCAAUCGCGCCAAUGAGACUGGCGAAUGGCAGUGUCCAGUGUGCAACAAGCACGUGCUGUGGGAGAACAUGGAGAUUGAUGAGUAUUUCGUCGAUCUAAUAAUCUCUUACCCCAUGGAUAUCGUCCAUUUCGAGACACCCGUACCGGGCAUUAUGUCGCCUGAAUCAAAUACUUUUAGCGAUGACGAAAAUGACUUCGACAAUUUUGGACGUAUGCUUGAAUUCGAACCUAUGAAUGAUUUUGAUGAUGAGUCAGAGCCAGAGCCGGAGUCAGAGCCGGAGUCAGAGAGAGAGCAAGAACCAGAACGUGGACCUGAACAAGAACCUGAACCACAACCAGAACCACAACCAGAAUCACAACCAAAACCGAAACCGGAAGCUGCGGAGGUGGCCGAGCCAGAGUUGGAAGAGGGAGAAAUUAUAGAAUAUAUUUUACCAUAGGAAUGAUUCGUAA